AUGCUAAAAACACCAACGACUGAAGAUUCCGAUUCACCCGUUACAUUUCAUUCGCAUUCAUCGGAUGCUCCUCUUGUGAUACCGGCAGUGAGUACGCCGUCGAUGGAUCAUCAUCAAGAUGGAUUCAUGUAUCAAAAGAGUGGUGAUGAUUAUUCGUCCAUAUUGGAUGGAGCUAGAGUUCCGAUUCAUAGACCUCUCGGAGAUUCAAGAUUUGGAGAUUCCAUGUUGAAGAGUAAACAUUAUGCACCAUUGUUGAAAUCUGGAAAUGUAUUGAUUCACGAGAAACAAAAAAGACAAUUUUGUGCCAAACAUUCCAUUAAUAAUUUAUUACAAGAUCAUGCAUCGACGAAAGAAUUUGAUACCAUUGCUGAUUCAAUUUUUGAAAAUGAGAAACAACUCUAUUAUGGAAGUAUCGAUGGUUCAUCGCGAUUAAGCACGUGGAUUAAAAAGAAAACCAUGAAAAAUUUUCAUAAGAGAAGAGUUUUGUUUUUUGGCAGUUUUGGAAAUUAUUCAUACGAAGUUGUUGAAACAAUAUUGAGAAAAAAGAAUUUAAAUCUAGUGAGUUUGAAAUUGAGCUCACUUCGAAAUGGCAAUCAUUCUGCCGAUAUUUGGGAUUUAUCAAACCCUGCAGUUCUUGGACUUCUCUGUAAUUUACAACAGUAUUCUAAUGGCACAACGAUGUGCUGUCUUCCAUUUCUCUCGAAACGAUCCAAAGAACGCAAGCCAGUGGCAGGACAUUGGUGGUCUCUAGGCAAGGUCAUUCUCCAACAUGACACGACUGGUGAAGAACGAGAAGUUUGGUACAAUCACGAUAGCAAAUUAUCGACACCUGAACAAUUACCAACACUCGAAGAUGUUUAUCGAACCAUACAAACAAAUUAUUCAGAAUCAGGCGAUGAUUUUUUGAUCUGGAAAGUGAUUAAGGACGAAUCUCUCUCUCAACAACUAGAUCUCAUCAGUAAUAAUAAUACUGGUCUGAGUGAUGAUCGAUAG